ACGUUCUAAAAUAUCUGCAGCAGUCUGGAGUAAUUAAGAAUAUUGAUCGAACAAGAGUCAAAUAUCGUUAAGUGUGAUCAAUUUUUUUGGAUCACUGUAUGUGGGUUAGGGCUGGCUGGAACUUAUUGGACGCGUAUAGAUUUCUGCCCAAAUGUUGAAUGCAUGGAUAGGGUUGGAUAGGGAAUUGUUCCUCAACGCACGGCGCUAUGAUCAAGAUUCCUUAAGCCGCACUCGCAGCGCAGUGUCGUUCGUCUCUUCUCAUGUAGUAGUAAGUGCGGGAAAAGUGACAGAUUUUUCCCGCGUACGAUCAUACAUAGCACGAUCUCGUACGCAAACACCGUGUUUUGACAAUAAACGUCAAUUUAAUGUGGUUUCAAAAUGAGCUUGGUUCGUUCUAUCGUGGAACGUGAAAAAGGAUUUGGUAAUUUAGUUCGGAAUACUUCACGCGAUGAAAGAUUCGUUGUAUUCAUUGCCAUCGAUACGCGAUUACGACGUUGCUCUGUACCGUUUGAAAUGUUACGAAAACGAUGUUUACCGCGGUAUCGUUCCCAAUGCGAACGCGAACACCGAUCUUUAUUCGGAACCGCCAGCGUUCGCGUGUCGAUUUUGUACGACGCAAGGAUACGAACAGGUGAUAGCUUUGGCGAACGAGGAUGGCAGGAUCGCUUUGCAAGACACGAGCGAUACAUCGCGGCGGCGGCAGCAGCUGUUGAACGGUGCUCAGGCACACUGUAACGCGAUAUUCGACGUCGCAUGGAUGCCAGGGGAAUUGAAAUUGGUCACAGCAUCGGGCGACCAUACCGCUAAAUUAUGGGACGUAGGCGGUUCCGAUAUAAAACAAGUCGACUGUUUUCAUGCUCAUACGAGAAGCGUCAAGACAGCGGUAUUUCGUUAUCAAGAUCAAGCUGUGUUCGCUACCGGAGCUAGGGACGGUUGUAUAAUGAUAUGGGACGUCAGAGCCAGUCACCUGGAACGUCGCAAACCAGACAAUUGCAUCAUUAAUGCGCACAAUGUUGGAACUUUGAGUAACGUUAGACAACGUAGGACAAUCGGUCACGUGUCCAAAGCACAAAGUAUCACAGGUCUAGCCUUUCAAGACGAUUUUACUUUGAUCUCGUGCGCAGCUGGAGACGGUUUGAUAAAGGUUUGGGAUUUGCGGAAGAAUUAUACUGUUCACAAGAGAGAUCCAGUGGCCAAGCACACGAUGAAUCACGUAGAGAACAGUAGAAGGACUGGUUUUUCAUCGCUGUUAAUAUGUCCCGCUAGGAUCACUCUAUACGCGAGUUGUAUGGAUAACAUCAUAUACACGUAUAACAUAUCAUCGUACAAUUCCAAGCCAAUGGGAGAAUUUUAUGGACAUCAGAACCGUACGUACUACGUGAAAACCUGUUUGAGUCCGGAUGGACGAUACAUCGCCAGUGGUUCCAGCGACGAACUCGCAUAUAUUUGGCGCACAAACAAACCAGGGGCACCGGUCGUACAACUUUCAGGACAUACCGAAGAAGUUACUUGCAUAGCGUGGUGCGGCGUCGGUGAAACCAAGCUGAUAACUUGUUCGGACGAUUCGUGUCAUCGAAUUUGGAGAGUCGGCUACGAACAUACGAGGGACAACGAAGAAAUAGAGAUACGUGGUCGCGCAAAACCCGUCUCCCUCAACGAUCCAUUGGAGAAUUUAAAACUGGAAAUGACACCGACUGUCACGCGACGUCGUAUAGCUCAAGAAUCGACUCCAGGAUCCGACGACAACACGCCUGGUUCGAUCGAUCGAAACGACGAAGAUGAUAAAGACCGGACGAACGUCGUCGACGCUGGUGAUAGUUCGAUGAAAAGAAGUUAUUCCCGAAUGAUGGGUUCAUGGUCCGACGGGAAAUUUAAAUCGGUUUUAUCUCCCAUACAAGAGAACGUUCCCGAGUCCGCCACGAAACGAAUUCAUUUGGAAAAUCGCGGUGCGCGAAGAUUGUUCAGUUCGUGCAACGACAACAGUUCGUCGUUAUACAGAGGCUACGAGUCUGACGAACCAAGUACAAGUUCGACCGGAGCUGUGGAGAGGAAAAAUGACGAUAUUCAUUUUUCACCUACGUCGAAUCUUCCAAAUUUUGUUAUCGACGGUACGGCGCCGCAUUUGCUACAAUUAUCGCCACAAAAGUACAAAGAAAACGUCGACUGGUUGACAAGAAUACGAAGAGAGAAGUACGAAAAGAAAAGGGGGACGGCGGCGAAAACGGUUUCUGAAAAAUUGGCCAGUCCCGUCUCGCACGUAACGCCUGCCAGGAGAAACGGCAGAUCCCGCUCGACGGAACCGCAAAAAGUAUCUAAAAUGCCGAGAAGUCCAGCAACGGCUACCUCACCAGCACCCUCCCUAUUAAAUUUCUUUAAACUUACCGGGAAAAACUGCAACGACGGUUGUUAGCACUUUAACGAUUUCCAUGUCGAAUUAAAGAUGGAAGAAAGGUACUACGAUACGGUACGUUCUACGAGAGAGAGAGAGAGAGAGAGAGAGAGAGAGAGAGAGAGAAA